AUGACUACUUCUAUCAAUCGGGACUUGAUCUUUGGUCCUCUCUUAGAAAAAUCCGAAACCUUUCAGCAGCAAUUGGCCGCAGCGAUACUGGCGGCUGCAUCGUUGAGUAAAGAUCUAGAGCUUCAACAUGAAAGUAAAAUAGCGACUCUAGAAGCUGAGAUUGAAAGACUCAAAAGUCCAAAGCCCCCUCCGGAUUCAUACCCGCCAUAUUCACCCAAUGCCUUUCACACAAUAGACGGCGUAGAAUAUGUGACAAAAGACGAAUACAGUAAAGUUCUCAAGUCUCUACAACUUAUGAGCAAAAAGAACCGUCUAGUAAAACAAAAUCCGGAUCAUUCAAUAGUUGACGGUUCAGAAUUUAGGGAGGAAACACCCCGAGCUCCAGAUGACAAGCAGAGGGAACUCGAUAUGGAAAGGGCUAAGGUCAAAGAGUUCGAGAGGAAAUUUGGGACAAUAACGCAGCUGCUAGACCUUAGCCAGACCGUAAUUCAGGCGGUCAUAAAAACGAGUACAGACGCUGCGAGGCAGUAUAGGAAGUACGGAGAAGAUGAUGACCAGUGGAGAGCUGAGAUGUUGGAAAGGGGGAUUGUCACUGCUUCUGACUUAAACCGGCGGCCGACUCGAGAUCCGUGGCCUAAUAUUGCGACACCUCUUAGGCAUCUAUUCAUGACAAUCAGUAGUCACAAUAUAAUGCGCACAAGAGGCCAGUCCAUUCCUCCUCCGACUGGAUCAACGGCAUCAACGUCUAUGCUCCGUCCACUUGCCGAGACGCCCACGCAACUACUAAAAUCGGCACCCCCAUCCUCGUCUACCCAAGACCCCGAUGUCACCAGCGAUGAAGAAAGUGUCUACGAGGAGGAGGAAGCAGAGAGCGCCUUACAAAAGUUUUCACCAACAUCAAAGGCAAUAAUGCGAAAACCUGGAUCAGACACUCUUGCGGUUUUGCACCCCGAACCCCUAUCUCCAAUUCAAAGCCAUCGUGCCAGUGUAGAUUGGGAAGUAAUAGAGGAUGCAUUAGUCAAUAUCAAAUCAGAGUCGAUGUCUGAACAUGACUGGUACUCGAAGUAUGGGUAUAGCCAUAUUGUUCACGGCGAACAAGAGACUUUUGAUCUCGAUAAUAUUACUGCGCCGAGGCGGGAGUAUGUUGGAAUCAGGAGUUUCGGACAAGUGAUUUCCACUCCGGAGAAAGAUGGAAUUCGAACCCCUUUCUUGACACAAUCUUCUUGGACGAAAUCUUCAAGGGAUGCAAAGGGGGAUCAGUCCGCCGUCUCAAAUCGUCAACGAGUUCACAACGGGCCUGUUAUUCACGACACAUCGGAAGAAGAACCCGCUCUAUCACGACCACCUUCUCGUAUGCCGAGAUUAAAAGAAGAUCCUAACACCGCAACCAAAGUAACCAAUGUAGAGGCUGUUCCGAUGGAACCCCUACCUAUUUCCAAAGAAGAUGGAGCGAGAGCGCCUUCCGAACAAAACCCUUCUCCAGAGCCAAUGUCACAAACUGAAGCAUAUAUCGUCACGGGCCUUCGAAACCCUCUAAGGGAAAUUAUAGACCCCAAUGGCCUAAUAGAGCCGGGCACCGCAGAUACUAUCAACCUCCAACCUUGUGGUAGUACGAAGCAACUUGAUAAACUAGCAGGAAAUGAAGAAAUUUACGACAAAGAGAACCCACCCGUGGCGAAGAACUUGACCAACCUACCAUCGACGCCCACACAAAAUAAUAGACAUCCUCCUAUGUUUGCUCGUAGUACGGGGGCUCUCAAGCUAAAGCGUAAAAGCAUCUGCCCCAUAUCAACAGCGAAGCAGCCUCUAAAAAGGAGUAGCUUGGUUUUCACUCACGAACCAGUUACAGCUCUAGUCGAAAGCACACAGACUGCCGCUGCUGCCACUCCGGGGGAGAAACGCCCCCCAGGAGGUCCACAAGGAAGUUCUCAAAAAAAGAAACAGCGAACAGAGAAAUCAACGGCUCCCACAGCAGUUCCAGCACUUAAAACCCCCGACAACCCCUUCUCACCAAGUAAAUAUCGAAUAAACAAAAACAAAAACGAAGGAUUGGAUUUUGCAUUCGGCGAGGUAGUAAGGAAUAGAGCUAGGAAAGAUUGUUUACCUAAGUGUAUUAAGGAAUGCUGUAGGGAUCUUGCUAGCGGCAGGCUGCAUGAAAUGUGGAAGCCUCCCGUGCCAUACGAAUCCGCCAGGUUUGGCGCAAGAGACUCGUCGCCGCUAGAUAAAGAAGAGAUCGGAACGAAAAACAAUGAACAAUACAAGGAGUGGAACGCCGCGCGCGAGAAAUCCGAACGAAAUUUACAGUUCGGGAGACACAGGGCGCAGCAUCAAAAGGCUCCAGAGGUUAUGGGUUACUGGGAAAGCGACUUCCCGACCACACAGUUGCUGGAAGAGCAAAGAAAGGAUUCCGAGAGAAGACAUACGGAGAAAGGAUUUGAUCGAUACGAGCAGGCGACUAAGGGUGGAAUGUACGAACGACGAGCAUAG